AUGGGGGCAAAAUCAUUCAGAAUCUAUAACGAUUCCCAACUCAUCGUCCAUCAAGUCUCCAGAGAAUACCAAUCCAAAGAAGAGAAAAUGGCAUCCUAUCUUCGGAAGGUAAAAUCUGAGAUUGAGCAUUUCAAGGCUUAUACUGUUCAACAGAUUCCAAGGCAAAGAGUGGUUGAUGCUCUAGCUUGCCUGGCUUUAGUGAUAAGCAAAGAAACAACAAAUUCCUUCUCCGUCAAAUUCCUGCCAAGUCCAAGCAUCCUCACAUCAAAAGAGGCGGUUUUGAUAAUAGGGCAAAGGUUCGAAAUCCCACAUACCAUCAUAAACGACAAUGGGAAACAGUUUGAUUGUGAAGACUUCCAAUUGUUUUGUGAAAGGCUUGGCAUCAAGAAAAGCUUCUCCGUUGUCUACCGGCCUCAAGCUAACGGUCAAGUAGAAGUAGUUAAUAGGGUGAUCAAGCACACCCUUGAGAAAAAGCUUGAUUACAUCAAAGAAAGAUGGAUAGACAAGCUACCCGAGGCCUUAUGGACUCACAGAACCACGACCAGAAGCUUGAUGAGAGAGACCUUGUUCUUGCUUUCUUAUAAAUGUGAGGUGAUGGCCUCGAUUGAAGUUGGGGUCAACUUGUUUUGGCGAGAGGUUUUUGACAAAGUGUUAAAUGAGGAUCUCCUUCGUUUGAAGUUAGACUUGAUCGAGGAACAUCGAGCUAAGUCUCAACUAAGAGUUGCCUANUUCUCAAGCUAA